AAUUCCUUCUCCUUAGCAGCUUGCAGAGUUGGAAGAGGAGCGGGCGCCACCAGCAGCCGGAGGAUGGACUACAGUACCCGGAGAGCCGAGGAACCCCCGGCAGCAGCACCCCAGCCUCCUCUCGCUUCCUCGGGAUAACCUGAUGAGAGAUUGACAGUCAAGGUGAGACAACAGACAACAGGGGGACCAGAAAAGGAGAAGAGUUCAGGACCUGGGAGAGUUCCAAUCAGCACCAAAGACUGCAGAUGGAUUUUAAAAACAUGAAAAGAACUUUCAACCAAGGACAAUAUGGAAAACGAACUUCCAUAAAAAGGGUCACGUAAGAUUAACUGUUGUAUACAUUAACAUCACACUUAGAGAAAUGCACACACAUGCACAUAAACCUGACACAAGAAGAAAUUCAGAUUCAUCAGACAAGAUAAGAAGAGGAAUACAAGAAGAGUGGCAGCAUGUCCUUAUGAAUUCUCAUCAGUCCUCUGCUGUUUUUAAUAUUGUCAACUCAAUCAUAGGAUCAGCAAUAAUAGGGUUACCUUAUUCAAUAAAUCAAGCCGGUCUUCCUUUAGGAAUACUACUUUUAUUUUGGGUCGCUUACGUGACAGACUUUUCCCUUAUUUUAUUGAUAAAAGGAGGAGUCCUUUCUGGAACACAUAGCUAUCAGGCUUUGGUCCGCAAAACAUUUGGUCUUCCAGGGUAUCUACUCCUCUCGUUGCUUCAAUUUUCAUAUCCUUUCAUUGCUAUGAUUAGCUAUAACAUAAUAAUAGGAGACACUCUAUGCAAAGUUCUUCAAAGAAUUUCUGGAGUUGAUCCUGGGAACUUUUUCAUCGGCCGUCACUUCAUUAUUGGGGUCGCCACAGUUCUCUUUUCCCUUCCUUUAUCCUUGUACCAUGACAUAGCAAAGCUGGGAAAGGUAUCCCUUACAUCGGCAGUUUUAACUGCAAUGAUCUUGAUAUUUGUAAUUAUUAGAGCAUUUACUCUAGGUCCAUACAUAACAAGAACAGAAGAUGCCUGGGUUUUUGCAAAGCCCAAUGCAGUUCAAGCAGUUGGUGUUAUGUCAUUUGCAUUCAUUUGCCACCAUAACAGCUUCUUAGUUUAUGGCUCCCUGAAGGAACCCACAGUGGCUAAAUGGUCUCGAGUCAUUCACAUAGCUGUCAUGAUUUCUGCAUUGAUCAGUGUCCUUUUUGCUACCACUGGAUAUCUGACAUUUACUGGCCUUACACAAGGAGAUUUGUUUGAAAAUUAUUGCAAAAGUGAUGCCCUAAUUAACGGUGGACGAUUUUGUUAUGGGAUCACUGUCAUUUUGACUUAUCCACUUGAAUGUUUUGUGACCAGAGAGGUAGUUGCUAAUGUUUUCUUUCACGGGAACCUUUCAAAAAGGUAUCAUGCUAUAGUGACAACAGUCAUCAUUACUAUGGCUACAACAGUGUCAAUGAUGAUUGAUUGUCUUGGGAUCGUGCUAGACCUAAGUGGUGUCCUCUGUGCUGCUCCACUUAUUUUUAUCAUCCCAUCAGCUUGUUAUCUGAAACUCUCUGAAGAAAGAUGGAUCCACCCAGAUAAGAUUAUGUCCAGUGUAACACUUUUAAAUGGUGUGGUUGUGAUGAUAGUUGGAUUUGUCAUGACAAUUCGAUAUCCAGAUGACUGCAGCCAUGGACAGGAAAUGGCCUAUUGUUUAUCCACAAAUUUCUUCAAUAACUCAUUCUCUUCUUUUGAACCAACAAUACAGCCAUCUGUUUUGAAUACAAGUACUGUCCAGUAAUCUAGUUGCUAAUAAAAAUAUGAUAUUAUAAUUUUAUGUGACCUAUAAGUUUUGACAUGAGUAAUUGUAUUUCUUUCUGUUGCCUUAUCUUGUGUUCAGGAGAUCCCUUUUUAUACCCUGGCCUUUACUCAGAUUUCAGUUUCUUUUAUAUUGUGAGGCACUGCCUCUAUUUUGAAUAAAGAAGUAGAUUUGGCUGAAUUUUGAUUUUGCAGUAGGAUAUAAGUCUUUGAAUGAUUGUUAAAAAUAGUGUGAGAACUCGAAUCUUUAAAAAAUCUCCUAGCCAGUCCUAGAGACGGGAGGUCCUAGGUUCAAAUCUAGCUUCAGCCACUUCCUAGCUGUGUGACCCUGGGCAAGUCACUUGACCCCCAUUGCCCAGCCCUUACCACUCUUCUGCCUUGGAGCCAAUAUACAGUAUUGAUUCCAAGACGGAAGAUAAGGGUUUUAAAAAAAAUCUCCUAGCUCCCCCAAAUGAUCAUUUCUUCUUAAUAUGUGAACUAGCACAUUGUUCUCUGAAAUAAGGAAUGGAAAGUAAGAUUUCUAAUUCUUUUGUCUUCAUUUAAAAUUUUCAAGACCAAGUCUUUAGAAGAAAAGAAAAGACAAGGUAAAGGCCAACAAAAAUAUCUACACUGAUGGAAACACCACUCAUUAUAAUGCCUAGUGAUUUACCUCCUUUUGAGUAAAGUGAUAAAAAUAAACUACUCUUCUAUUUUGUGGAUUUCUAGCUCAAGAGUAUCCUUUCUGCCAAACCCUUCCUGUCUCUUGACUUCCCUAUUAACUAUCAAGGAU